AUGUCAACGAAUUCUGCACAAUCCACACUCCUUCCAAACACCCACACUCCUUCUACGAUGCCUCCAGUGCAUACACGCUUCAGGCUAUUGCAUACCACUAUCAUCAGUACCCAGGUUAUCAUCCUCGCAUUUGGAUACGGAUUUCUGGGCGCAGUUCUCUACUAUGGUUACCUUCCUCCACCUGAUCGGGUCGGCAACUUAUGGAAGCAUUACCCUCAAGAGUUGACCAUGGUAGUCACAUUAAUAGCAACUGUCCUUUCGGUGACUACUGCUAUGUUUUUUACGGUUUCAAUCAAGGAUGCAUUGAGACAUCGGAUAUCAUCACAGCCCAUCUCUCUCGUUCAGCUAAGCGCCGGUGUCGCUUUGGCGAAGGGCUCCAUCAUAUUGAGACCUGAGCACUUACGGCUGACCACCAUGACGCUGUUCGCCUUUGGUGUCCUGAGACUUUUGACAGCUGGGUGGACGACUCUCCUGACACCCACCUACUUCCUAUGGCCAAUUGAGAUGCAAGGAUCCGAACUUGACAUUACUGGAUCCGCGUUUUCCACCUUGCUCUUCCAAGAAUUUCAAAAGCAGGGUCUUACUACCAAGGGGAUUGUGCCUGUCAUUGAGAAUUUUUCCGGUUCGGAUGGAGUUCCGAGCGUCAAUGGCACUCGUCUUGGCUUUUCUGGUGGAAACGUCACAGUCAACACAGAACAGAUACCGGGAAAACACACCAGCGUGUCUAUUCCUCAAGGUUUCAGCAGGAACUACUCGAUGUUGCAGCAGGGGUUAACAGCUGAUGUCAGCUGCCAGCCCAUUGGGAGUCAAGUGCAGUAUGUUUGGAACAUGGAUAACUCCUCCGUUAUAUAUGCCAAUGCAGCUGCUCUGAACAACUCCAUCACUGGUCUUUGCUUGUGGAAUAUAAGUGCAAACUGCGGUACCAAUACACCCAUGACACAGGAAUAUGUGACCAUAGUGGAUGCAAGUGGAAAUGCGAGUGUGUCAGGGACUGGCUUUCUUCCUUCCCUUGUGUGCCCGGGGCCUAUGGAUCUGACUCAAACUUAUACAAGCUUUACGAUUCUUUCACAAGGAUUUUACAAGUAUGGAUUCCUCAAUCCAAGCGUGUGCGAGGUGACUCCACUGUUGACCACAGUCCACACCAACUAUUCCAGUGACCUCAUUUCUUCCGAGGUCAUUUCAUCCACCCCUUUCCGACCAGAGAAUGAACAACUACUGUCAUUCAUUGUUGGAGUUGCCAAGUUUCAGUCGAUCAACUUGCAGGGGCUUGCGAGCAGCGCGAUCGGAGACACUCUGUACUCCAUCUAUUCCUCGACAACUAACACAUCUAUCGACGACAAUCUUGGAAAUCAAGCGCAGGUUUACAAAGAACUGGAGGAGUAUUGGUGUGGCGUUGUUGAAUUUUCUGCCACGUUCCUUUGCUCUGGGUUUAUGGUUGUGGGUAGCUUCCCCGAUAACACCAUCCCGGAGGACCUCUCCUCCCCAGUCAAUGGAACAAUGUACAUAUCAACGAUAGGUUGGACUCAGCGGUCAGCGACAUAUCUUCUCGCUAUCCUUCCCAUCACCAUCAUCACCAUCCUCACAGUCGCCUGCGCUUUGUAUAGUAUUUUGCAGAUAAAGAACAUUGGCAAUAGGCCCUUCAAGGCGUCGAACCCUCUUUAUCUCAUUAUGGCAUCUGCUGCCGGGGGUCUGAAACUUGAAGAUUUCGACGAUAAUGGGAUUGCCACCAACGAGGGCAUGAUGGUGAGGCUACAGGACAAUGGUGCACAGAAAAUGCUUGUGAAAGCGUAGGUUGUAUGAUUUCAGGUACCAUUGUGUCAUGGCAGUUGUCUUUUCUUACUCCUAUACCCAUCCUUAUUAUCCGAUCGUAACAGUGGUACUGCUGCCCAUUCAUUCCGAUUCUGUCAAACUUCCUCACUACGCUCAUUUACUUGUUGUUUUACA